AACUGCUUAUGAAAUAUACUUCAGUACUCAUUCCUAGUUAUACCGACCGAACAUACAGUGACCGUACGAUACAUAUAUAUAAAAAGAAAAGCUUUACUUUCAGCGAUGGCAAGCGAAGCAUCUGAAUCAAGACCUUACAUGGAUAAAGUGCCAGAAUUAAAGAGGAAAUUCCUUGAGAAACACUAUGCUUCCGAAAAGAACUACUACGACUCACGUGAUAUAAGUAGAGUGAAGUCAGAUGAACUUUUCGUACAACAGUACUUGGUGGGACGGGACGGCAAUGUUGACAAGGCGUUCAAAUUAAUGGGAUAGCAACAGCAACGAGGCAGGAAUUGGUGAAGUAAAUUAAAGGCUACGUGAAUUUGGUCAUUGCAAGGUGACUGUUGUGACUGAUCUAUGAUAUUAGCUAAGAUCGUUUUCAUUUUAUUUUGAAUGUACUCUUUAACGUCUGCGUAUAAUACAAUGUACUCUUUAAGUUUACCGUCUGCCUAUAUUAUGCUGUUGUCAAAAAGACUGUACAACGUCUAAGCUGAAUAAUAAAUGCCGACUUGUAUACUUGUUUUGAUGAUCUCAAACGACUAUGUAAAUUUGACCUUGCACAGACUGCUCCAAGCUUAUUACAACUUAUUUUCAGCCAUCCAGGUACUUUAAAUCUCGGUUCACACUUCACAAUGGUCGCAAAAUCGAAUCCAAGAUGGGGGUGAUAUAUUAUCCAUUACUAUAUAUCAUCAAUAUUCAAUCACAUGCAUUUACAUUUCAGCAACAAAGUGGAGGUCUGAAAGACUAAGGGCCCACCCAAAACCUUCCGUUCCGCCGACCCCCGGGUUUGACUUCAGUUCACAAGUCCACUACAUCAUACGUAUAUAAAGAUAAUAUUGUCACGCGUCAUUUAUGUAUAAUAAAAAGAAGCACGGCCAAAUAGGGACCCAACAUAAAACCUUGAGGCACUCCAUGUAUAAUCGUAUAAGGAGAACAUAUAUAUCUCACCAUCCGCUGUAUGCUGUUGUUCCCUGCUAUUUAGAUAAGAAUAUACAAUUCUUAAUGCAUCAUCGGAAAUAACAUAAUUGUUGUUCAUUUUAAAGCAAUAUUUCAUAGCUGUAUGACUGCAUGAUGCAGACUGUUCAUGAAGAACAUCUUGUAACCAUAAUUCCAUCUGAUAAUUCGAACUUUCUCCAAUUUUUAAUACCUUGUCCCAAACUUGUCACAACAACUUGGGGAAAGCAUUGCGAACACACCUGGACCUGGUUUAUCCAUGUUUGGCAACUUCCGGUGCAUCAUAUUCCACUGACGUCAAGUAUAGAUCAAUCAUAACACUAUAUACGAACUCAUUCGUACUGAAGCUCCUUAACGUGCCAAUUUUUAUUAUUCAUAUUGGAGAAACAAGCCUUAUUUUAAGCAAUGGCUAGCGGAGCAACUGGAUCAAGACCUUACAUGGAACUAGUAGCGGAAUUACGGAGAAAAUUUCUUGAAAAACACUACGCUUCUGAACCGAGCUGUUACGAUGCACGUGAUAUAAGUAGGGUGAAAUCAGACGACCUUUUCGUGCAACAGUACUUGGUGGGUCAGGAUGGCAAUGUUGAUAAGGCUUUCAAAUUAAUGGUUGAAGCCCUAGUGUGGAGGCAAGAAUUUGGUAUUAACGAUAUAUCUUUGAAAGAUGUCCCGGAAGAAAUCCUUAAAAGUGGAUAUCUAUACACGUAUGGAAAAGACAAAAAUGGAGCUAAAUUAGUUUUUAUUACCGUAGCAAAAUUCAUAAAAGGGGAUGAAGAGAAAUUGCUCGGGUAUAAGAAACUGUUAGCGUACACGUUCGAAACGAUUGACACGGAUUUCAGAAACUUUGUUAGCUUCGUGCAAUCAACAGCUUAUCCUGAUUUGUUAGAAAAUGCAUAUAUGCUGAGUUUACCAAUACUUCUGCAAGGCAUAUGGAAGAUAUUUCAAAUCUUUAUUGGAUCAAGGCUGAGUAGCAAAUAUAUAUUUACUACUGCCGAAGAAUUAUCGCCGCGGUAUAUAGACAAGGAUCAACUGCCGUUGGCAUAUGGAGGGCCUUCGUUUGAAUACAAGUAUCCUUCUGAAGAAAAAACGUAAGUAUCUAUGUCUCUUCUUUGGAUAACCGGGUGGCGCACAUUACCGGGGUGCGGAGUCAUGACACCCCCAGUUUUGGGAAAUCAGUCUUUAAAAAUCGGUUCGGAAGUUCGCACCCAAACUUUCAAUAGGUCGAUAUUUGCUCAGGCAUGUUUCUCGCAAGGGAAUCAUGCGGAGGCGAGUCAAUUAGGAAUUAUAUAGCAGGUUCAUUAUAGAUAUUUGAUUCUUAUGAACAUUUUUAGUAUAGCAUAGUAACUCGUUUCCCAGUACCUGUUAAGGUUUCCCAGUACAUAUCAGGCACAUUUUGUAUAUUAUUAGAGCUUACGGUAGUUGAUUAUAAAAAGACGAUUUACACUGUCAAAUUUUUGUGAUCACAGUAGGAAUUUUCAGAGUUCUAAAGUAUUUGGUAGAAAUAUUUAAGGGAACUAAAACAGUGGUUACUUUAUCUUCAUACUCGCUGCAAAACAUUUA